AUGAUUUUAUUAAAUAAUUCGUUGUUUGGGUUUUUUUUUUUGGUGGUACUGUUACAAAUAACUCAAUGUACUCAUUUUCUCGUAGCACCUUUUGAAAAGGAUUGUUUUCACUUUAAAGUUGAUGUUAAUAACAUUAUUGUUGGAUCCUAUGAAAUAAUUGAAACGAACGCGGCUUGCACAAUAUCCAUUGUCAAAAGACAUUAUAAUAAAAAAGAAAAUGUUUUUACGUCAGAAAAGGAACAAGAGAAAUUCGAACUUGAGGCUUUAAAUGCAGGGAUUUAUUCUUUUUGUUAUGAAAAUAAAAAAAAUUCUGAACUGACAAUAAUGUUUACUCUGCGAAUAAAAGAAGGUCAUCAUGUUGGUGACUUGGAUUAUGGUACAGUUGAUGAUGUGCAACAAAUAUCUAAUAAAGCGUCCGAAUUUUUGGAGGUUUUUGACGAACAAGAGCGAAUGAUGGAGAAUGCAGAUUUGUAUAAACAAUUUAACGAAAAAAUGAAUUCCAAACUAAUCCUAUGGUCAGAAAUUCAAAUAGUCUUGUUAAUUUUAUUAACAUUAAUUCAUAUAUAUUUUAUAAAAUCCUUUUUUGAAAUAAAAACAAUAGUCUAA